GUUUCCGCUUCCUUCUACCUUGACAACAAGUGUAAAUUAAAAUGGCGCCUACUAUUAAAGGCGCAAAGGAGAUGCUGAUUUAAUAGUUUUGAAGGGAGAUAUCCGCAGCUAUCAGACAAAAUGAGUACUGCAGUAGCACCACAUCCUCCUAGUCAAUCUGUAGGAUCUCCUAGACAACAUGACAGAAAAGCACUAGUCUCAUCCGAUGGAAAAAAUGCUUUACCCGAGCUGAGAAAUAGCAACAAUGCGCUAGACAAGACAAAGCCCCUGCCCACUUCACUACAAAGUGACUUCAUCCCAGAAGAUGUCUUGUUUGCCCUGACACAGCCUCCUCCUGUCCGGGAUCAGCUGGGACCCCCCACCAGGGCCAGGAAUCUUAAUGUCACUACAGUGCCAACGAGGGCCCCGCCAUCUAAUCUUUGGAGUCACAAACGAAGAGAGAGAUUCAAGCACCUCACAGAAAACACACCAUGCAUUUGUGGAGCUGGAAGUGACAUAUCCUUCCUGUAUGAUGUUCCCCUCCCAGAGAAGAAGCUGGAGAGACCAGAUAAACUGGACAAAAGUUUUGCCAGGAAGGAGGCUCUGGAUAAGCAAAAAAAGAUGUCUGAAGACAAGGAAGACAAACCACUGGAGCUACCGGACACUUUAAUUCCAGAGGAAUAUCACAUUGUUAAAAACAAAGGCGUGAUGGGCAUCGAGUUCCAUGAGGACAAAUACAGCAACCAAGUAGAGGACCAUGAAAAACACCUGGUAUUGUUUCCCUCCAUGAAGCCGUCCAGUAGGUUUGAGGUCGUUCAGCUGAAGAAGACCAUGGACCAGAUGUUAGAUAAGGCUGGGGUAUAUGACACCGAUUCUGAGAUCAAGGGGCCCACACAGAUGCAUAACUUACUAGAGUUAAUCAAGAAAGAACAAAACAUUUACAACACAGUCUUUCAUGAAGUCAUCAGACAGGUGAGCAUAGAAUGCGUGGAGCGAGGAGAGCUGCUGGCGAAUCUGAGACAUAAAUACAGCGACCUCCUGAAUAAAGUCCCACAGCAAAUCAAGAGUUUGCAUGAGGAAGUAAUGGCACAACGAGCUCUUGACAGGCGACUUACAGAAGAGCUCAUGAGAUUCAAGGGCACCAUCGGAAUAUUGACCAGUGAGCUGUCGGCUGUCAAAGAACAUGACAAGAAAGUAACCAGGGAAGCUCAACAAGCUCAGGAAGAUCUGAAGACUGCGCUGUCUGAAGCCCAGAAAAAUGCUAGUCUUCUGGCAGAGUACCAUGAUUUGUAUGAACUGCAGAGGAAAAGACUAGAAACCUCCGUCCAUCUACUGACUGAAGAGCGAGAACUCUGGAGUAAUGCUGCCUACAGUCUGGCUCUCAAGGUAACCGAGGAGGCCAAUCUGACCACGGCUAAAAAGCUCCACGUUAGUGAGAAAUCCUGGGCGAAACUAGCCACCCAUUUCACCAUCCUGCUGAGUGACAAGGAUACCGAGUUACUGACCAAUCUUCAGACCCACGUAGAAAAUUGGCGAGACCUGGUUGACGAAUUCAAUAUCAUUCUGAAAACUCGCGAAGAGGAAAUGAAAAUUAACAUUAGUUCUCUGAAAGGAAGCAUGCAAAAGUGGAUGUUUGAGAUCCGAAAGAUCUGCUUAAAAAUAAGACAGAGGCUGACCCGUAGUCGAAACCACCAGGUUACAAAAGAGGGCCAUUUCCAGAAGUCUCCAGAUGAAACAGUAUUGAGAAUGUUUCUGGAAGAAAUGAGAACCUGGGAGGAGGUACUCGGCAAGGAGGCGGAGAAAUUUGGUGGUGACACUUUACUGAAUGGUCAGGAGAAGCUGUCAGUCAUCAGACAACAGAUGGAUGGAUGGACAGACAAUGCUCUCAAGGUCUUCAGUCGUCACCGCAAGGAGGGGGCCCAGAACCACCCAGACCAGGAGGGCAUGAUGACCCUUAAUGAGGAAGUUGAGGAAUUGUUGAGACAAUUUAGCAACAGAAUCACGGGAGAAAAUGGAGUUGCACCUCAUGCCAUUCACUUAAUGCAUGGUUUGGAGACUUGGGACAUGAAGAUAGCCGCAGCACUGAACGGGACCCAGCCCAUCGGGGACAACGAGUGGGUCAGUCUCCUGAACCUGAUGGAGGAGUGGAUGGGUGGCAUAGAUGAUGCGGUCCAGUACGUAGGCUCCACUCAGAAGGAGGAAGACAGGAUUGAGUCAAAACCACACACUAGGAUUGAUGUAAUGGACACCGUUAGGAAAGUGCAGAAAUGGGCGACCACAGCCAGUAACGGUAUUGACAGUGAGGACGGUCGACUCGUGGAACAGGUGUCCACGCUGCACUCACAGAUGGUACAGUGGAUGGUACAGAUGUUGCUAAGGCUGGCCCCAGACCACGAGGGAAACUCCAAAGAGGCAGCGGACAUGGUCCUCCUCAACAGCCUCACCCUCGGGCAACUCUACUCCAAUAUCAAGAUGCUAUUUGAACAGCUGGAACAGUUCUCCAAAUAUGUAGCUCUGUGUUGUAAUGGUGUAGUAAUGGACAACACCCAGGCCCGACGAGACAACAUGGAGGACAAUGCUGAUCACGAACUGAGGGACUUACAGAGACUCAGGACGGAGUGUGGAGACUGGAUUCGAACAGCCAAGCUGCUAACCAGUCACCUGUUGGAGGAGCCAGUGGAGACCCUGUUCCCUACCACUAUCCCAGGAGAGGAGCCCACCAAAAAGCCUGCCCCAGACAAGGGGGGCGUAGUGUUCCAUGACAAAGAGAAACUUCAGCCUCCAACAUCAGCCUCAGCGCCACCUGAACAGUUAGAAACAGAGAAAAAAACAGAGGACGUUCCACCAGAGCGAGAAACUGCAGAGGGGGAGGAGCAGGGAUCACCUGAUGCAGGGCCACCUGCCACAGCGCCACUACCACCCAAGCAAGAAAAAGAACCUAGUAAGGAAAGGCUAGAAGUGAUUGGCUUUGAUGAGAAUACACAUAUGAAAACUCUAAAUCCAAUUGAAACAAAGCCCUCAGCUCCAACCACAUUUAUACCAGAUGCCCCCAACACCCAGAAAUCUUACGAGGCUUUGGCUGCUGUGGAGAGUCUACAAUCACAACUUCUGAACACUGAACAGAGGGCUCAAACUGCAGAGGACAGGGCUGCACAAGCGGACUCCGAUCUUGCAGAAGCCAACGAACGGAUUAGAGAGCUAGAAAAACGACUGGCCAAAUUAGAAAAGCAAGAUGAAGCAUCCACUACAGGAGAUAAGACACCUGCCAAGGUUCCGCUUACCCCCACCACCCCAAGGGAGGACUCCCCAUCAAAGGAAAAGUCCCCGGAAAAGAAGGAAGAUAAAAAGAGACCGGAAUCCCAGGCAUCCAAAGCUAGCUCAAAAUCUGGUAAAUCAAAGAAAGGCAAAUAGCUCAAGCAUUUCUUAAACACCAUCAAGACUGUUUUAUAUAUGUAAUUUGUAUUUCAUGGCAUUUACUGUAAAACCAGUAUUAACCUGUCCUGGAGCUGGUUCUUGUCAAACAUCAGUGAUUUAUUUAAACUGCUGCGAUGUGUUGACUGCCAAACAUUGGAUGUUUAUUGGAAUAUGUUUAUAUGUUUUAAUAUUCGGUGAAACUGCUGAUACUUUGUAUGAACACUGCUGGACACGUAUUUUGGUCUUUGUUGAUGUUAUAUAGUUUAAUGUGUAUACAGUUUACCGACAGAAGAAAUGAAAUAUAUCGGACGAGAAGCGCCACACUUCCACUGACCUAAUGAGUAGUCAGUGCCUAUAAUGUGUCACAGAAGUAAAAGUUUGGUACACAGUAAACAGAUUUUUAUAAGGAUGAUUUUAUUUGCAAUGCAUGGAUUGUGUUUAGAAUCCUGUACACAGAGUGACUGUUUACACUGAUGAAAGUUUUUACAAUUUUAUUGAAAUCUGUGAUAAAUGAAUUUGAUAAUACAUGUAUUGAGAAAUGUCUAUUAUUUAUAAAUAAAGAAAUAAAUAUAAGGAU